CCCCCACCCCCACCACCCUCUAGUUUCCCCUCCUCCCCCUCCCCAUCCCACUCCAGCCCUCUCAGCGAGUUGCACCUCACUCCCUGGCAGCGAUGGGUUUGAACUUUUCCACCCAAUUGGACCAACGGAUGCACGACUACCUGAAAGGUCGGGCUGAUAUUCUGUUGAAUGAUAUACGCCCUCACUGUCGGGCACAAAACACUGUGGCUAUUCUCAACAAAGUCUGGAAUGAGGUGGAGCCACAACCAAGCCAAGCUCCCCAGUUGCUGCCAAACAAGGAAUGCAGGGACAGUGAGGAGGUGAUAGCUCAGGGCCACAUGCUGCAACACGUGGACAACAGGAGGAAGUGGAAACAGAGAUAUUUUGUGAUGAAGGCCAGCUACCACUUGGAGUAUUUUGAAACGAAAGAGGCUGAACAGAAAGGACUAAAACCAGAAGGCACCGUGCUGCUCUCAGGGUUUGUGGUGCUGACCUCAGUGACAGAAUAUACUGAAAUGCUCCAUCGAACCUGGCCACACUUCAAUGGUACCGCAGAUACUUGCUGGAAGGAACAGUACACAAACUGCCCGACAGAUCACCCUCUAUUCCUGUGGCACCCCUAUCGCCCGCACCUUGUUCUCUGCUUCCACACUGCAGACGACCUUCACAACUGGAGCACGCUCCUCGCUGAUGGAAUCCGCCACCUCAACACUGUGCUCUUCAGAAGGGAUUCUUUUGAAGUCCGAGCUUUCCUGGAGGCAGUGCGGGUGUGCAGGAUGCAGAAGGGACAGUACGGAAUCUGUGAAUUGUAUUUUGGUUCAGAGACAGAGAUCCUGAGUAACAUGGUGAUGGAGGACUUGUGUCCCGUGUUGGUAUCUCAGCUCCUUCCCCAUAUCCGAGGGCCAGAGAGUAAGCGCAAACAGACCUGGCUGAAAAUGAUUGGGGAGAUGUACGCAGUGGUGGAAACGCACGUUUCCGAGGGAUUCCAGGCUCUGCUCAGGGAGAUUGAGGAGCAAACCCUGCAACUGGAGAAGAAAAUCCGCCCAGACUUCAAUCAGAUCCUCACCUCCAAGAAGCAGCUUGUGGCCAAACUCCAAGAGUCACUGGGUGAGCGGAUACAAUGGUGCUGUGAGGCACAGGUACAGCCCCACAUGGAGUUAGCACGGGACAGGCUGGCUGAUCCCAUGAACACUGGCCUUGAGGAAACUCGAAGACUGUUCUCUGAGGAAGUGAACCGAGUGAUCAGUGUGGUGAAGAGCACAGAGCACAGCAGCAGCUCGCUGGCCAAGGUUUUAAGCCAGCUCCAAGCCCUGCCAUAUCAAUCUGCCCAGCUGCAUCACUGCUAUGAGAAGACAGAAACACUGGAGCAGUCACUAAGCGAGCUGGCACCUCGAUUCUCUUUCACUGGCGUUCGAUUUCUGACCCAGCGGGCACAGAAUAUCAUCCAACAGCUGCUGGAAGAUGCAGUUUAUACCUUUCAGCACUUGUUAGUUUCUACGCAGCCAGCCACUGGGCUCUCUGCUGAAGUUAGCCAACGUCUCGACAACACACAAGUGCGAGUACUGAAGAAGUUUGACUCUGACAGUACGUCAGCUGGGAGGCAGUUCGUUCGGGAUUCUCUCCUAGAAAUCUUUCUUCCAUACAUGCUGAAGACAGUUGAGCCUAUCUGCAAACCGGAACUCCCGAUGUAUGAAGGGUGUCUCUGCGCUGACGACGAUGAUGGACUGAUACAGAUCGAAAGCACCUACAACGAGCUCGUCCUCCAUAUUGUGUCGGAUGAAAUUAACAAGGCUAUGAAGGAGACCUCCACUCAGCCAUGCUACAGCUUGUACAAUGAAAGUAUGGAUGGCCUUUGGAGCAAUAAUGCCCAAUUGGAUAUUGCUGAGGAUCUGAGGACAUCUCCGUCUAAUGCCAGCCAUCCAGCAAGUCCUGAGGAGUUGCCAGAGCCAACCUCAGCAAUGGGAUUGCUUGCAACUUUGGAAAAUAGCAAGUUGAGCGAGGUGGAGGAUGGAUGGCAGUGUCUACAAGGGAACUGGGAUGGUGCCAAUCAGCUUCUGGAUGAGGGCAAGUCAGCUGAAUAGACAAUGAACACCCACCGAAACCCACUGCUCAAUCCGACGAGCCAGACUUGGUGACAUGAAGGAGAUCAUGUAGAACCUGAUAGUGGAGACUCUGUACAUCUCAUAGAUAAUUAUAACCCUAUAUCAGACUAAAUGGAUAAAGCUGAGGAGGACAAUCGAAAAGUGGGGGGAACUUCUCCCACGAAAAUUAGGAGUUGGAAUAGGCCACUUGGCCCCUCAAAUUUCCUGUGUCAUUUGAUAAGAUCUGAUGCAGCCUCCACUUUCCUACUGACCCCAUAGAGAAGCCAUGAAGGGUAAAAGCAACAUUUGGAAGUAAAGUCACUUAUUAGAUAAUUAUGAUGAUAAAUUAUAAGGUUUGCCCUGUUGCAAUUUAUUUUUAAUUUAUACAUUUAAUUUAAUAUUAUGUUAGAUGUUCUGGGACACAGAUUUGAGGUUUUGGGGAAAUGGAUGUUGGGGGGAUGAGAGGAAGAACAUUUUUACACGGCGAGUGGUAACAAUGUGGACCUCAUUGCCUCUGAAGCUGGUACGAGUGGAGACUACGAAUGAUUUCAAAACAAAAUCAAAUGGUCUCUUGAGGGUAAUAAACUUGCUUCAGGGAUACAGUGGGAGAAUGGGACAGACUGGAUCACUCUACAGGGGGAAACAUAGAAUCAAUGGGCCAGACGGCCUCCUUCUUAGAAUUAGAAUUAGCUUUAUUGUCACAUUUACUCCCAUGAGCACAGUGAAAAGUUUACAAGUUGCCACUUACAAUGCCAUCUUAGG